GGAGGGGAGUCCAGGGCGCAGGCAGGGCGCGCCGGCAGGCAGCAGCUCGGCGGUGGACCCAAAAAAUGUCAGAUAGCAGAGGGGAGACGUUAACUCAAGAGGAAAAUGAAUGGAUAUUGCCAUCUGAGCAGAACAUCUCAACAUCCAACACAGCGGUACAUGAUGAAAAGACAAUGGAGAUCUCACCGCAAGUUGGUGAAAAGGAAUCUUCUGAAAACACCAGCAAGGAUUUAGAAGAGCAACAGGUGUUAAAUUCGGAAGGUCCUUCAAACGACCAACAGUCCAGUGGAGAAACAGCUAAGAACGAUGUGACUGAGUGCAGUGACUCUAUAAGCCUUGAACCAGAAGUUGUACCUGAAGGGCUGAACGAAGAAAGGGAUGCGGAUUCAGUAUCCAAAGGAAAAGGAUGGACCACUUGGGGAUCCUGGAGCAAGUCCCUUCUUUCGACUGCUUCUGCUACAGUUGGUCAAGGAUUAACAGCAGUGAAAGAAAAAGCCGGCAUUCUCCGAACUCGCGCACCUUCCUCGGCGUCUUCAGACGGUGGACCUCCAGAGGCCUCCAAAAACAUCGUCACAGAUGUGGAAGAAGAUCGGCAGCAGAGUUUUGAAGAGAACGUGGCCUUACCUUCGUCUCCUGCAGGAUCGCGGGGAGUGCUCUCAACCAUCACUAGCGCUGUGCAAAAUACCGGCAAAAGUGUCUUAACUGGCGGACUGGGUGCUUUGGAAUUCAUCGGCAAGAAAACCAUGAACGUUCUAGCAGAAAGCGAUCCUGGGUUCAAGAAAACCAAAACCCUGAUGGAACGGACCGUUUCCUUAUCUCAGAUGCUGCGGGAAGCCAAAGAGAAAGAAAAGCAAAGACUUGCCCAACAAGCCACGAUAGAGCCGACAGCGCAUUACGGGAUGCUCUUCGAUGAAUUUCAGGGUUUGUCGCAUCUGGAAGCUUUGGAAAUCCUGUCCAAUGAAAGUGAAGCCAAGGUACAAUCAUAUUUGGCAUCUCUUGAAGGAGAGGAAUUAGAGGCCGCGAAAAAUGCGUUGAUUGCUAUUAAGGCAGUCUUCCUUUCGCAAGACUCCGAAAACCAAGACAAAGAAAUAAAAAAAGAUGCAAGCGAUGAGUUCAUUACAACACUAACAGAACUGCUAUUUGAACUACACGUCGCUGCUACACCUGAUAAACUUAACAAGGCCAGAAAGAAAGCUUACGUUGCCUUAGAAGCGGCGAGUCUCCCCACAUCUGGAGACCUGGAAGAGAACCCACCAGAAACCCAAACUAAAGAAACGGAGGAGGAAAUUGUAGAAAUGCAAGUAACCGAAGAAAAAACUCAGAUGGGAGACCCUGAAAAGACAGCAACAAAAAGAACCCAAACUGUAGAGGAACUUUACAUGUUGUCCAUUGAAAGCCUGGCCGAAGUAACAGCGCGUUGCAUUGAACAACUCCAUAAACUAGCAGAAUUAAUUCUCCAUGGACAAGAAGUUGAAAAGCCAGCCUUGGACCAGGCUCGAGGUCUAACAAAUUUGACAAAUACGAUGUGUAAUGAAGUGUUGUCCCUCUCGAAACAAUUCUCCGAUGUUUUGACUUUGGUUGCGAGCGACAAAAAAGCUGAAAUUCUUAAUCCAAUGGUCAAUAGCGUACUAUCAGAGGGCUGUAACAGCACUGCAUAUAUUCAAGACGCUUUCCAGUUGCUGCUUCCGGUUCUUCAGAUCUCACAUAUCCAACACAAAACACAAACGGGAUUUCCUCUAAACGAGCCAUCGGUUUAAUUUCCGAUGGGUACCAUUAAUUAAUAUCCAAAUGCCGUAUAAGCCAUUUUGGAGGCUUUAGAAGGACACUAAAAUGCAGGAUUUGCACCGAAAGAAUCAAACAAACAUGUUUCCAUCCGCCGGGUUGAAAUCAGCGAAUGGGGAAAGCAACGAGAUGUUUCUUGUAGUAAUUUAAGGCGUAUUCUGGCUUUAUCGGUGCAAAAUUCACCUUGGAUAUAUUACUGAAUAGUUUAGAUUUGGUUUUACCCCAAAAAAAGUUGUCUCCCCCCCACCCCCGACCACUGCUUUUGCCAGGUGGGGACUUCAAAAAUUUUAGCAAAAGGUUCUCUGCCUGGUUGCUGGGUGGGCGUGGCCAUAGUGGGCGUGGCCUAGUCAGCCUCCUGUACCACAGGGGCGGUGUGUGUGUGUGUGCUUUUGCCCUCCCCAGGUUCCCGAGGCUUUCCUUGAGCCUCUGGGAGGCUGGGGAGCCUGGGGAGGCGAACAGUCCGCGUGGGGACUCCUGGGAGGAGAGGGAUGGGGUGGAACUUCCACUAGGCCCGUUUUUCGCCCUCCCUGAGCCUCCGUGGGCACCCUACAUCCAAAACAGUCCACGUGGGGACUCCUGGGAGGGGAGGGGUGGGGUGGAACUUCCACUAGGCCCGUUUUUUGCCCUCCCCGAGUCUCCGUGCGCGCCCUGCACUUACCUGCAUCCCAAACGGUCCGCGUGGGGACUCCUAAGAGGGGAGGGGUGGGGUGGAACUUCCGCUAGGCCCAUUUUUCACCCUCCCCGAGCCUCUGCGUGCACCCUGCACUUACCUGCAUCCAAAACGGUCCGCGUGGGGACUCCUGGGAGGGGAGAGGUGGGGUGGAACUUCCACUAGGCCCAUUUUUCACCCUCCCUGAGCCUCCGCGCAUGCCCUGCACUUACCUGCAUCCAAAACGGUCCGCAUGGGGACUCCUGGGAGGAAAGGGGUGGGAUGGAACUUCCGCUAGGCCCAUUUUUCACCCUCCCCGAGCCUCCGCGCACGCCCUGCACUUACCUGCAUCCAAAACGGUCCGCAUGGGGACUCCUGAGAGGGGAGGGGUGGGGUGGAACUUCCACUAGGCCCAUUUUUCACCCUCCCUGAGCCUCCGCGCAUGCCCUGCACUUACCUGCAUCCAAAACCGUCCGCAUGGGGACUCCUGAGAGGGGAGGGGUGGGGUGGAACUUCCACUAGGCCCAUUUUUCACCCUCCCCGAGCCUCUGUGCGCACCCUGCACUUACCUGCAUCCAAAACAGUCCGCGUGGGGACUCCUGGGAGGGGAGGGGUGGGGUAGAACUUCCACUAGGCCCAUUUUUCACCCUCCCCAAGCCUCCGCGCUUGCCCUGCACUUACCUGCAUGGGAACUCCUGGGAGGGGCGGGAUGGGUGGGGCCAGCCAGGAGUGGGAUUUUUGGGUUCUCCGAACAGCACAGAAUUUUAGCUAGAGGUUCUCCCGAACCCCUGCGAACCCCCAGCAGCCCCACCCCUGGCCUUUUGCUUAAAGGUUUUAAUCGAGUAAAUUGAGAGAGCCGAAAGGGCAGAUUUACUGAUUUUGCUGCCAUCCUAAUAUUAAAUGUAAACAUUCAGGGAAGAGAACCAAAGGUAUAAUGGAAGAAUGGACCUUAUUUUGAAUGCUGCUUCUAACAUUAGACCUUACUUUUGACCCUAAGUCCAUUUUUUUCCAUUUGUGGGCCUUUACGCCUCUCACUAGCACAGAUGUUUACUUGCCUUAGCGAUAUUAUUUAUGAUUGCAGGUCAGUUGUUCUGUAGGCUUGCAUCAUAAAGUCUUAUGCAGAAAAAGCAGUAAAUUAUUUAAACAAAG